AUGGCAAAUGCUCUCGCAUUCCCUUGUUUCCAAAACUGCCACGUCAAAGGAAUCAGUUACGUCAUAGCAACGGGCGGCGUCUACGAGAGAGCCUACGUGCAGAAGAGGCUCGACCGGUGGGAUGAGGUGGAAGAGGGCGGCGAGAAACUCUCCGCCAAGCUGCGCCCCAGCGGGCAGGACGACAUGUCCAUCCUCGCCAUGCAACGCCUCAACGACUACUUGCCCAACGGGCCGGCGUCGCCGGUGAACAUGGUUCUGGACUACUUCAAGCACGACUACGAGUUCGCGGAGCCGCCGCGCGUGACCAGCCUGCAGAACGUGGUCCCUCUCGCCACCUUCACCGACUUCGACGACGACAUCUACUUCGUCGCCGACCAGCGCGGCUACGAGGCCGUCGUGUACUACCUCGCCGGCCAGUACCUCAAGGCCGACAAGUCCGGCAACAUCGUCAACCCCCGCCUCCAGCUCAACAAGGUGGUGACAGAGAUCUCCCACUCUGGUGGCGGCGUCACCGUGAGGACGGAGGACGCCAAGGUGUACAAGGCAGACUACGUCAUGGUCUCCACCAGCGUCGGGGUCCUGCAAUCCGACCUUAUACAGUUCAAGCCACGGCUUCCUACGUGGAAGGUUCUCUUGAUCUACCAGUUCGACAUGGCCGUGUACACCAAGAUCUUCGUCAAGUUCCUCCGCAAGUUCUGGCCCCAAGGGAAAGGGAGGGAGUUCUUCCUCUACGCGAGCAGCAGGAGAGGCUACUACGGAGUGUGGCAGUUUGAGGCGCAGUACCCAGACGCCAACGUUCUCCUGGUCACCGUCACCGACGAGGAGUCGAGGCGGAUCGAGCAGCAGCCGGACAACCAGACCAAGGCGGAGGUCGUGGAGGUGCUGAGGAGCAUGUUCCCCGGCGAGGACGUCCCCGACGCGACGGACACCCUCGUGCCACGGUGGUGGUCCGACAGGUUCUACAGGGGCACCUGCUCCAACUGGCCCAUCGGCGUCAACCGCUACGAAUACGACCUGCUCAGGGCACCGGUCGGGAGGGUUUACUUCACCGGGGAGCACACCAGCGAGCACUACAACGGUUAUGUCCAUGGAGCUUAUCUUUCAGGUAUUGACUCUGCAGAUAUUCUGAUCAAGUGUGCUCAGAAGAGAAUGUGCAAAUACCACAUCCCGGGCAAGUUUGACUAG